AUGUCCAACGUUGGUUUACAAGUUAGGAAAGCAGUUCCGACCAUUGAUCCGGUCGUCCAGGAUUAUGCUGUUGGCUAUGUGCAACACGUAUCCAACAACACAGAGGAUUCCGUGACUGCCCAGCAAACUGAUGUAGGGAAGGAGCUCGGGUUCAUCGAAGAGUUACUUCUAGAUGCUGGUGGAAAAGAAGGUGAUGUUCAGAAAUUGAUUUCUGCACUUACAGAGGAGCUUUCAAAGAAGCUCAAGGACAAUAUGGCUAAAUUGGAGAUCACAGGUGACAGAUCCAAGAGGCUAUUGGAUGUGAAUGUUUUGCAGAAGAACACCAAAAGGGACAUUAACUCUUCCUUGGCUCUCCUUGGAAGCUCUAGAGAUAUCACUCAUGCUGGAAGACAAAUUGAGAGUAAGGUUGAUGUGAAGAAGUUGGAGAAACAAGAAAGAAAGAUCGCUAAGAAGGUGGCCAAGAGAAACAACAAGUUUGUCAAGUACGAGGCUUCGAAGUUAUUGAACGAGCAAAAGAAGGAGGACUACGAUUCGUUCUUCUUGGAGAUUAACCCACUUGACUUUGGCUCCAGUGCUGGUAAGUCGAAGGACAUCAAGGUGGACAACUUUGACUUGUACGUUGGUGAUGGCCAGCGUAUUCUUAGUGAUACUUCCCUUACUUUGGCAUAUGGCCGCAGAUACGGUCUUGUUGGUCAAAACGGUAUUGGUAAGUCCACGUUGUUGCGUGCCUUGUCAAGAAGAGAAUUGAAUAUCCCCAAGCAUAUUACCAUUUUGCAUGUGGAGCAGGAAAUCAGAGGUGAUGAUACCCCAGCGUUGCAGACUGUUCUCGACGCUGAUGUCUGGAGAAAGUCCUUAUUGCAAGAGGAGGCUAAAAUUAAUGAGAGAAUCGAGGAGAUUGAAAAGCUCAGAUCUGAGUUCGAAGAGGGUUCUAACGAACAGACCAAGUUGGAUAAUGAGAGAGGUGACUUGGACAAGCAUUUGCUGGAGGUCAAUGAAAAGCUUAUGGAGAUGGACUCCGACAAGGCCGAGAGUCGAGCCGCUUCGAUCUUGUAUGGUCUUGGUUUCACCAAGGAGAGUCAACUGAUGCCAUCUAAAUCCUUCUCUGGUGGUUGGAGAAUGAGAUUGUCGCUUGCUAGAGCGUUAUUCUGUGAGCCUGACUUGUUAUUGCUAGAUGAACCAUCGAAUAUGUUGGAUGUUCCAUCCAUUACAUACUUGGCAAAAUACUUGCAAACAUACGAGGGUACCGUGUUGGUUGUUUCGCACGAUAGAGCGUUCUUGAACGAAGUGGCCACCGACAUUAUCCACCAACAUUCCGAAAGACUCGACUACUACCGUGGUUCUAACUUUGACUCCUUCUACAGCACAAGAGAAGAGAGAAUCAAAAACCAGCGUCGUGAGUACGAGAACCAAAUGGCUUACAGACAGCACUUGCAGACGUUUAUCGACAAGUUUAGAUACAACGCAGCCAAGUCGUCGGAGGCCCAGUCGCGUAUCAAGAAGUUGGAGAAGUUGCCAGUGCUUGAACCACCUGAGGACGAUAAAGUCAUCACAUUCAAGUUCCCAGAUCCCGAUUCGAUCUCUCCACCCAUCUUGCAAAUUCAGGAUGUCACAUUUGGCUACUCGCCCGAUAAGAUCCUCAUGAAGGAUGUCAACCUUGAUGUGCAGAUGAACUCGAGAAUUGCCUUCUGUGGUGGUAACGGUACCGGUAAGACUACGCUUUUGAAAAUGCUUUUGGGCCUGCUUAGACCACUCUCUGGUUACAUCAAUUCCAACGGCCGUUUGAGAAUUGGCUACUUUGCACAGCACCACGUCGAUGCCAUGGAUCUCACACUUUCGGCUGUGUCUUGGAUGUCGCAAACUUACCCAGGUAAAUCCGACGAGGAGUACAGAAGACACUUGGGCUCCUUCGGUAUCACCGGCUCGCUCGGUCUUCAGAAGAUGCAGCUCUUGUCUGGUGGUCAGAAAUCGAGAGUUGCAUUUGCCGCUCUUUGUUUGAACCAGCCCCACGUGCUCAUUUUGGAUGAGCCUUCUAAUCACUUGGAUACCCAGGGUUUGGAUGCUUUGGCGGACGCCUUGAUCAACUUCAAGGGUGGUGUGCUUAUGGUUUCGCACGAUGUUUCUACUAUUGAAAGAGUGUGCAACGAGAUUUGGGUCAGUGAGGAUGGCACAGUCAAGAAGUUCCCAGGUAACAUCCACGACUACAGAAAGCAUAUUCUCAAAUUGGCCGACGCCUCCGGUGUUGUCAAGCAGCACUAG